UGGUAUAAAAUAGUGAGCAUCUGAGAGAGAAAAAUGAGAGACCAGCAGGACCUUCUACAGAUACAGAUCUCUGCACAAAGAUCUCCUGCGAUCAUCUCACACCUUCUGCUGUUCCUGCAGUUUGUGGAAGAGUUCUGCACUCCACCCUCACACACUCCUCACACACUCCUCCACUGUGAGUCAGGAUGAAGCUCCUCGCUCUGGUGCUUCUGCUCUCUGCUUUCUCCUCACUGUCCCUGACGGAGGUUGUAAAUUCUUUUAUACAAGCCUGUCCAUGGUUUUUCUUUCAAAACCCAGAAAUACACACAGACAUCAUCGUCCCCACUGUCUUCACUGGACAUCAGUAUAAGACGAUUUGUCAGCGCUGGAAAAACAAUUACAGAUUUGCCACUGUGUAUGACACUGAGAGGAGGAUCCCUGUUUACUCGGCCUACACCUUCUUAGAGCAAAAACAAAUUCAACGUACUGAUGAAUGGAAAAUUGAACCUCAGCUUGAAGAUUUCAAAGAAUAUAAAGAAGAGAAAAACAUGAUUGUGUCCCCGAUUGAUGAGAAAACUGUGAAUAAAAUAAAGAACCAGGCCGUGGAUUUAGAUUAUAAGGACACUGGUUAUACUCGAGGUCACGUUUUUCCAAAUCAGUAUGCUGCUGAUCAGGAUCAAGCAGAUUCCACCUUCACUUUAACCAAUAUAGCACCACAAACACAAAACAGCAAUGUGCAGUGGGCAGCACAAGUGGAGACCCCCAUGCUUGGAGAAAUGAAGCGCAUUUGCAAGCUGGACCAAAAUCACCUGGCGUAUAUUGUGACUGGUGCUGUUCCAGGGGAGAAAUGGAUACCCAUAAAAAGAAACAAGAAAGAAAUAAAAAAUGGAAUCAACAUUCCCAGUCAUUAUUGGAGCGCUUUCUGUUGCACUGAUAUUAAUAAAAUAACUAAUCUGGUAUUUGGGGCCUACCUCGCUCAACUCGAUAACUUUAAACUCCGAAGACCCGACAUUUCCAACCUGAAUAAACGACUCACUAAACUGUAUGGUAAAGAUUUUUCUGUGUUUCCAGGAUUAGAAGUUUAAAAUACAGAUUUCUAGAAUGAAAUUCUGUUUCUGUAUCAGAAAAUCUCAUGAAAACAGGUUUAUUCAUUUACUGCUGAUUAAAAGACAUGCAACAAAAAAUGUACCAAAAAAAUCCAUUCUUUUACUGCACACCUUCUGAUUUUAAUUGCACCUGCUUCCGAACACGUAAAAGCUUCGAUUAAUCAGUGUAAUCAAUGUUCUCACUGUUAAUUAACCUGCAGUUUAAUAAAACUUCUUGCA